AUGCCUAAAUUGCCUAAAAAUCAUAAAUAUCAACAAAUUUCAUUAGACCAAAAAAAAAAAAUUAUUGAUGAAGUCAAUAAUAAGCAAAAUUCUAUUAGAAGCAUUGCUGCAAAGUUACAGAUUUCACGUUCAACUGUGCAUGACAUUGUAAAGCGAUUUGAUAUGAAGGAUCGAGUUGUUCUCAAAUCAAAAGGUGGAGAUAAAAGAUCUAUUUUAACUGAAAAUCAUAAAGAUUUUUUAAGUAAAACUAUUAAUAAGGAACUAUACAUUAUUAUUGUGGAUUUGACCAAAAAAUUAAUUAAUAAAUAUCCUCAAUUAGAGAUUAGUAAUGAUACUAUUAGAAAAUAUGUUAAUAAGAUUGGAUUUACUUUGAAGCGAUUAGUAACUAUAUCUCAUAAACAUAAUACUUCUGAUACAAUCCUGGAUAGAAAAAGAUAUGUUGAGAAAAUUUAUCAAAAAGUUAUUGAUAUGUUGAAAGAUGCAAUUUAUAUUAACGAAACUGGAUUUAAUUUACACUUAUCUUCUUCUCAUAGCUAUUCACUCUGA